AUGGCAGCCGCUGCGGGAGCACCCAUGCCUCCCCCACCGCCUGGGCCGUUCAACUGGGACAAUCCAGACCUAGUCGCGUACUAUUCGGAUGAGGGGGAUGAUAAUGAUCAGGAGGUUUACGGGUCGGACUGGAUUGGCGAAGACGGUGACGGAGAGGGUAACGACGGACAGGGCGACAGCGGGGAGGGAGGCAACAGCGACGGUGGGAACGAAGAUGCUGCUGGUGAUCAGGGCAAUAACACCGCCCAGAAUGACGGCGCAACCGACGAUGAAUUCCAGCGUCCAGUCCCACUUGACUGGAAUACCUACGACUCGGAGGACGACGAGUGGGCGCAGCAGUUCAAGUGCAUAAUUUGUCCCAGGGACAAGCUGCCUUUCGCAAGAAGCAAUAAUUUGCGUAAGCACCAGCAGAAUAUUCACCUGAGACCCAAGCAGCGAACGAGCCAGUUUUGGGCCCAGCGCAAAGCCAAGCUGGUGGUACUCGAGCAGUCAAGUCCCGCCCUUGCGGCACCGUUGAAAGAGCAACGCACCAGGCGUAGACGGCAGAAACUAGCUCAGCGAGAACAGAACCACCAGAACUCUGUCGCUCCAGCUCCGAAUCAAGCCAGGUUUGCCCCUGUGAAACGCUCUUCUCGACUUGCCAACCCGAAGCUGAGCCAGCACCAGCGAAAUGCCGGUCAACGACCAAUCGUACCAGCCAACAUUAGCCAACGGGUGCAAACCCAUGCUAGACCUGGGCCAAUGACCCUUUUGAUGCGACAGCACGUUGGAAUGCAACAGACUGCGCAGUUGGAGAAUAUCCCACAGGCCAAUGCUGUUCAACCUGGCAACCUUGGGACAGGAAGCAUCACCCAGGGUCACCCGACCCCGUCAGUCCCCAUCUCUCGUUACCCUGCCGUUCCACUUGAUCAUAAUCAGGUCCAGGCUGGUGCUGGGAUUAUUGUGCCCAACUAUCUAGCGUCUGGAAACGCUGGAAUCUCAUCUCAGCCUCCCAUUCUUCGUUCUCACGGGCAAACUGGCAACCGCCACCACACGCCUCACCGCUCCGGACCAGCCCAAAGUAUUCAGCGCACUGAGGAUGUUCUGCUUAGUGAACAGAACCUGGCUGCUGUGAGAAACGGGCAUCUGCAGCAACGCCAGUAUGGCCGGCGCAGUGUGGACUACGGCUACAGCCAGGGCAAUGUUUCGGGUCAGAACACUGGUUACCUACAUGGCCCCAACACUGGCUAUGUCCAGAACACCGGCUAUUUCCACGACAAUGCCUAUGUCCAUAACACCGGUUACGUACCCAAUUCCGGUUAUGUCCCCAGCCACAGGUAUGGCCGGAGGGCCAGCUACGACCUAGACAAUAUCUACGACCUGAACUAUGCUCACGGUGAAGGCACCGGCUACGCCCGAAACAUAGGUUACAAUCAGGGUAAUGGGUACAGACUGGGCAAUAGUUACAGCCUGGAAAAUAGUUACGGCCUGAGCAACAGUCGAAGAACGGGGAAUGGUUACGGUCAGCGCGGCGCAUACGGCCUUGGUCAAGAUCAAGGCCAAUCCGCCAGACACACUCAGGUCCCUCAACCUGGUCAACGCCAAACCCUUGGCUACGAACUAACCAUCGACCCUCGUCUACUGAAAGAAUCUAGUCAAGCCACUCAGCAUGGUCCGAGUAACCAGAAUGGCGGUGACACGGCUAAUGACUAG